AACAGAUGGAGAUUGGGAAGCUCCUUGAUGAUCAGAAGGCUGUUCUAGAUUCCAGAAGGCAGGAGUUUGAAAUGGAGCUUGAACAGAUGAGGAGAUCCCUUGAUGAAGAACUUGAGGGAAAGAAAGCUGAAAUUGAGCAGCUGCAAGUUGAUAUCAGCCAGAAGGAAGAGAAGUUGGCGAAGAGAGAGGCAGCUUUGGAGAAAAUGGAGGAGAGAGUGAAGGUGAAAGACAAGGAUCUUGAAGCAAGGCUGAGAGCUGUGAAGGAAAAUGAAAAA